AAGAAUUUAGAUGAUAUAAUAACAGUGUAAAGAUAUAUUUGCCCACAUUGAAUAUCUGAAUCCAGAAAAAUGGAACUAAUGAAAAAGAUCAUUAUAUGCACAAAUCUGGUAAUAAUUAUGCCGAGGAACGUUUAUGGUAUGGAUUUUAUAUGUAUUAUUUUUUAUUUGAGAAGAAAUACACUGCUACCUUUAACAGUAUUAUUUGGUGCAUUAAGCGUUAUUCUAACAGGUGUAGUCAUCAGUUUAGUUAUGUACAUCAGGCACGUCAUGAAUAUCCUUAAAAGGGAAUGCUCCUUUACUGGAAAGAAAGGGAAAUCAAAACGUCCUGGACAGCCUGCUAAUCUUAAAUGUCCCAAAAAUCCCCCUCAGUCAACCUCAGAAAAAACAAGGUAUGCAGAGGAGACUCUUGAGAAGGAAUAUGAUGAUGUCUUCACAGAAUCAACACAAAUUGCGCAAUCUAAUAGACCCCAGCCAAAUCGUCCAACCUCAGAAUACACCUCACUUAAUCCUGGUCAGAAAGAUGAGGGACAGACUUAUAGUGGUCCAACCUCAGUAUACACCUCACUUAAUCCUGGUCAGAAAGAUGAGGGACAGACUUAUACCGUUCCAACCUCAGUAUACACCUCACUUAAUCCUGCUCAGAAAGAUGAGGGGCAGACUUAUACCGUUCCAAUCUCAGUUUAUACUUCACUUAAUCCUAGUCAUAUAAAUGAGGGACAGACUUAUACCGGUCUAAAUACAGACUCUGCACCUGCCAUGCAAAUGAUUCUUCCAAAACCUUCAAGCUCGACAUACGUCGAACUUAAUCUUGCUCAGGCUAAUCACCCAGUUGAAAAGGAAUACACAAGUCUUAACAUCGACAGUCAUUAUUCAUGUAAGUUCAUUGGUCAAUCUUCAGAAAAUGGUUCAUAAAUCUACAAGAAUAAAAUAAACACAAGUUUAGUUUGUAACAAGGUAAAAAUAUACGUUUCUGUUAAUCGUUGUUAUAAGCAUGAUUUAUAUUAGUUUUAUUAAGACUUAGAAGCAAUACACAAGCUAGAAAGAAAUAUGCCAACAGAACAUUUAUGCAAGGUAUAAGCCAAACAGAACACGAAACAAAGUUUUUUAUAUUAUAUAAAUGGUAUUUUGCUUAUAUAGCUCAUCGUUUGGAAUUCGAUUGUGUACGAAUUUGUUACAAAAAAAGUAAUGUUAUAUCUAACAAUUUAUUAAUAAAUAUUCAAUAAAUGAAUAUUACUUUUAUAUUAUUAAUAUUUAAAACAUCAAUACCACUGCUUUUU